AUUUAAAUAAAUUUUUCAUAGUUUUCGUAUUUUGCAUUAACUAGUUAAUUAUUAAUAAUAGUUCUUAAUAAGUUAAUGGUGCAGUGUUUAAUAUAAACUAUUAAUUUACUACAUAAAAAUGCCAGGCGUGAGGUGUAGUGUUGCAAUUUGCAAAAAUAAUUUUUAUGAUGCUAAACAAAACAAUAUAAAAAUUUCAUUUCAUGUGUUUCCUAGGGAUAAAAAACUUAGAAAGAUAUGGGUGGAACAGUGCAACAGAGGCGAUUUGUUUAAUCCUUCAACUGGACAUAUUUGUAGUGCACAUUUUGAAGAUUCAGACUUUGAACGAGAUCUCCAAGCAGAGCUCUUAAAUUUACCAUCAAGAAAAAGACUUAAAGAAAGCAGCUGUACCCUCCAAAAAUUUGAAACUUAUGGAAGACACGAAGAACAAUGUUGAUCGUUUGCAGAGAGCAGUGGUGCGAGGUAAUAAGAAAUUAGUAAAAGAGAUGUGCCACAAUUCUAAUACUGAUUCCGUUUCAAAUGUAACUGAAGUUGAAGAUGAAGAAGAUACUUUAGAGAGGAAGUACCAAAGGUUACUAGAGAAAUAUGAAAAGAGAAAGGUGAAAUAUGAUAUGAUUGGAAAGAAUAAGAUAUAAUAUGUACUUAAUAAAACUUACUCUAUACAUCUAAACACUAAUAAAAAUAUUUGUUGCUGA